AUGAAAAAGAACUUGUGAGGUACAGGAAUCUACAAAUCUGUGCGAGAAUUUGGCUGAGUAUCUAAUACCUCUUCCGGGUGUCUAUCCAAUUCUUUAUCCCUUCGGAUUUGUUUCCGAAGGUGCUUUUAAUGAAAGGAGUGGUGCGGUGGCCUAGAGAUGGAGCCUCUCGCCUCACAAUCAGGAGGCUGUGAGUUCGAUCCUAGAUAGAGGCAGAUAUUUCUCUCUCUGGGCAGAAUGAGGGUAUUAUCUGAUGAACAAAACUCCACAUUGGCGACAGGAAGGGCAUCUGGCCAUUAAAACACUCUGCUAGCUCUAUUCAGCUGCCCAGACUCCACCCCACAAGGGAUGAUGGGGUUGUUAAAAAAUGAUGAUGGUGCUUUUAAUGAAACAGAAAUAGGGAAUCAGUAGCUCCCAAGUACAGUUUCAAAUUUUAGGAUUGUAGACCGGGACAGGACAUUAUCCACGUAGAACAACCUUUCUAUAGAUCGGGGUCAGCAACCUUAAACACUCAAAGAGCCACAGAGGUCCUAACAGGAAGCCCCCGUUCAAUUCUGGAGCUGACCAGAAGUCCGGUUCCCCCACCAUAGAGUCUCCUCCUAGCACGGCGUCCUUUUUCCUCUACCUGUCCUAACCGAAAGUCCUAUCGAUUGUGGAGCUGACCGGCAACAAGGAGCCGCAGCAGAGGGAUGAAAGAGCCACAUGCGGCUCCAGAGCCACAGGUUGCCGAUCCUUGCUAUAGAUAGUCCUUGACUUACAACAGUUCGUUUAGUGAUGGUUCGAAGUUACAACAGCAUUGAAAAACGUGACUGUAUUUCACACAUAUGUCCAUCGCAGCAUCCCCCGGGAUCAAAAUUUCUGACAGUCGCAGUGUCCUGGGGGUUGCGUACUGCAGUGUCCCGGGGUUGUGUACUGCAAAAGCACAAAUCUUAAGCUACCUUUCCCCAAGGUCUACACGGAAACGAAUCGAGACUGAAUGACUGUGCCGAGGAUUUUGCUUUUAAGCCAUAAUUAGAUGGGGUGUGUUGCACCCUUGCCUUGAGGGGACUAUAAAACGGAGACACGGUUCCCGUAAACAAACAGGUUGGAACAGGGGGAAGCCGACUCGGUUGCACGGCGAAGCAAAAACACAAUUAAACUCUGGUGCCUGCCUAACUUGGAUUGUUUCCAUGGAUCGAACAGCUCAGAUUUAGCGUGCCAGGUUUACUCAUUCAAAAGGGGUAGAAUCCAGUUGCGAAAUGCAGCCGGCUUCAUCCGGUUCAUGUGAGCUGAUAGUGCCGGCGGUGGCUGGUUCGGUGAGCCAGUAGCACCAGCGGCGGGAGGUUCUGCCCCACCCCCAAACCGGGACAUCUUCACAUCCCGGUUUUGACCCUCUGCGCAUGCACAGAGUGGCAUACACAGAAGACAGCGCGUGCACAGGAUCUCUUCACGUCCCGGUUUUGAUCCUCUAUGCAUGCGCAGAAGGCUUUGCAUAUGCGCAGAUGAUAGCACGGGCGCACAUUAGCGAGCCGGUAGGAAAGGACACCCAGUGGCGGGGAGUUCCCAGGACCCGUGAAACUCCUACCACCAGCCUUCUCAGGGUCGGGUUUCAUUCCAGCGGCUUCCAAAGGGAGGUGGGAAACGCCUCUGGAGCUGCAUCCUUCGCGCUGCGAAUCUACCCCCAUCUCCCCCCUCCCCCGACCGGAAGCAGAAGUGGUCCCGAUCCUGAAAGUAAGUCAAUUUGGUUCCAACCACUGGAUCUCCUGAUGGCGUCUUUUCCUCCCUUUAAAUACAGAAAGCCCUUUGCUUCCCGGAGGACCGAAGUGGCUGCAAUCCGGAUCAGGUUUCCUUAUAAACUACCGGUGAUUCUGGAACGCUAUUCGAAGGAGAAAAUAUUGCCGGCUUUAAACAAGGUGAAGUUUCUAGUCCCUGGAGAUUUCACCAUGGGCCAGUUUGUAGCCAUCAUUCGGAACCGGAUGGGUCUGAGAUCCACCCAGGCCUUCUACUUCCUAGUGGACGGCAACCACAGCCUGGUGAACAUGUCCGCCACCAUGGCCAACGUCUACGCCACGUACAAAGACGAAGACGGCUUCCUUUACAUGACGUACGCCUCCCAGGAGAUGUUCGGUUGAGGGCCUUCAAAAACCCUCUUGAGAAGAUGGGCCUGCGAGGUGUCCUUUGGUUCUUCAUCCCUCCCGACAGUUUGAUUCUGAAUUUCGCAGUCUUCUAAACCUUGGAGAGCUUCCAAUUUCCCUCUCCCCCAUUGUGCAGAAUUGUGAUUUUUAUGGAAGACGGUUUUUGGAGUUUCCUGAGCUGCAGAAACAGCUCUGGUGGCAAUUGUCUUGUGCUUGGUGGUCUUCCAAACAUCCCUGGCUUAAGAAUCUGGCUACUUUCCUUCCUCAGCCAGUUUUUUUGGGAUUGAAUGCCUUCUGCUCCAGAUUCUCCUGCACCCCUGGUUCAGUUUGGGGGUGAAGGCUGAGCCCCCCACCCCCGUUAUUCCCAAAUCCCCAAAUCUUGGUUUUUCUCACCUCCCCCAAAUUAAGACGGAAAUGGGAUUCUCUCCAGCUUUUUUAGUGCUUCUCGAUUUUACGCCCUUGAAGAUGGGUGGACUUCCGACGCCCAGAAUCCUCCAGUGCCUGGGGAAUUCUGGGAAUUAAAACUUCCACUCGCCCAUCUUCAAGGUUUCCCAAGGCGUGAGAGAACAGUAUUCGGUGAUCACUGCCAGCAUCCCUUUCCCUUGGUCAUACCGGCCGAGGCUGCUGGGACUUGUAGUAAUUCAGCUCAGCUCAACACCGGAGGGAACUUUUGACACUACAGUGGCGUGAACCGGAGGACUGGCUUUUUCCUUCGCCGCCGAAGGAAUCGCACAACUACCUCGUUGUGGCACAGAUCGCUAACAAUUUUGCCGGGAGUUAAAGAACUGUAUUCGUUGUUACUCAUGAAUUUAUAAGUGGAAAAAUGUUUAAAAAUUUGCAAAGCAAAAAUUGUUGGAAAUGGCUUGAGUGUAUAUCCAAAGUAAACUUGCAGGCGGCUGAAAAGGCCCCGGGAAAAAAUGUAAAAGAGUCACAAUUUAUUUAGAGUAUUCCAAGGGCUUAUUUUUCGACGAACAAACUGGGGAGGGGGGGAACUGACGCCUGAUUUCUGUCUUCUUUCGCUCUUCGAAUCAAAUUCUUAUAGCUUAAAACUGGGGAGGGGGGAAUGGCUUCCUUCACGGUUGUAAGGUGCUAAAUCUUGGUUUUGAACCCAAACCUUGCUAAGAGGCUGAAUGUUUUUCAGCCGUUUUCAAACGUAGAACGAACAUUCUACGUAGAAUGUAGAAUUUCAAACGGAGAAUGAACAAGACUUCAACAUGGGGAGCUACCUAAGAAAAUGACAUUCAAGGGUGAAAAAAAGAGGAAGGCUCUACAUUUAAGCAAAAAAAAAAACAACAACCCAAAUGCGCAGGUAC